UGGAACGAGCCCCACAAGACCACAAGCUGUUCUGGACUCUUCGUUUUCCCUAGAACAAAAUCCCUUCGGCCGACCGUCUGCUCUCGAAACAGUUUCACCCAAUACAUCCCUUCUACUGAAUCCGGUUUUCCCCAAUGUCAGGCGUUUCGAUUGCUCGGAUUCGGGGAGAUAAUCGCUUCUACAACCCGCCAGCUAUACGGCAGCAGCAGCAGAGAAAAAAGCUAGAGGAGGAGAAGCAUCAGAGGCAGUCGGUGGAUUCAGAUGACUGUGAGACUUCUUACAGUUCCGGUUCGGGUGAUGCUACGAAUUUGGAUCGGUUUUUGGAGUACACCACACCUGUGGUUGCGGCUCAGUAUUUUUCCAAGACAAGUGUGAGGGGAUGGAGGAGUCGCGAGGCAGAAUUACAUCCAUACUUUGUGCUUGGAGAUUUAUGGGAAUCUUUCAAGGAGUGGAGCGCGUACGGUGCAGGUGUCCCUCUUUUGUUGAAUGGGAGUGACUCUGUUAUCCAGUACUAUGUUCCUUACUUGUCCGCUAUUCAGCUCUAUGUAGACCCAUCAAAGUCCUCAACGAGAAUAAGGCCUGGUGAUGAGAGUGAUGCUGAGUCAUCCAGGGAGACAAGUAGUGAUGGCAGCAGUGAUUAUGGAACAGAAAGAGGAUUCAACAAUGUUCCUUAUGGUACUUUAGGUUGGCAGAAUGCUACAGAUGUAAAUGGCCAUGGUUGGAAUAAAACCGUACCGAGAACUGAACCCUUAAAUGGUUCCUCAAGUGAUGAAAGUGGUGAGGCUUGCAACCCUCCUGGUCAACUUAUCUUUCAAUAUAUGGAGCAUGAUCAACCAUUUGGUCGUGAACCUUUGGCUGAUAAGAUCUCAUUUCUUGCAUCUCAAUUUCCAGAGCUGAGGACUUACAGGAGCUGUGAUUUAUCACCUUCUAGUUGGAUUUCUGUAGCAUGGUAUCCAAUAUAUAGGAUACCUACAGGUCCAACUUUGCAGAGCCUCGAUGCCUGCUUCUUGACCUUUCAUUUCGUAUCAACUCCCACAAAGGGUGCAAGCACUGAUAGGCUUCAGUUUGGUGGUCCACGAGCUAGAGACAAUCAAAGUGCCAAUUUCAAACUAUCACUGCCAAUCUUUGGGCUUGCUUCGUACAAGUUCAAAGUUCCCUUUUGGAAUUCUAAUGGAGUUUAUGAAUGUCAAAAGGCUGAUUCUCUAUUGCGAGCAGCUGACAACUGGCUCAGGCAAUUGCAAGUUCAUCAUCCUGAUUUCAAUUUCUUUGUGUCGCACAGCAUUCCAAAGAGUUUUUCAUGUUAUCGGUUGGAUGUCAGUUCGCACUCCUGUCGUUAUAUUACAGACUUGGCCCUUGAUAUCUUAUAUUAUCAUCAAAGGAGGAUUAAGAGUGAUUUUGGCUUUGUGAGGGCUUUGAUAGGCUGAAAGAAGAAUAGUGAUGAAAUUAUCGUUAAUAAAGGCCUUUUAAUAUGGGAAGUGUGCUUCAGAACGGGCAUCAUGUAUUGCAUCAGGCAUUAUGAUGACGACUCUUAGUCUAUUUGCUUUCCACAAUUUGGCGGUUUAGGGUGAUGAUCUCUGAGGAUUCAGGAACAAGUAAGUAGAUGUUGACAAUUUUUCAAUUACUAUUUAGAUGAUGAUGAAAAUAUGUUUAACUUAUCUCUGUAUGUAGAGGUGCCUUUUGUUUAGUAUGUUUAAUCACACCGUGUAUGAAUUAGCAGUAAAGUUCAACGCGAACAUGUUUUGUUAAUGUAUAAUGUGAUCUUAUAGCAGAGUAGCAGUGAGUUAUGAUGAACAA